GUGGAGGGCCUCCCCUCUGGGCUCGAGCUUGUGUGGCGCCUGGGGGCCUCCGAGACCUCGCGCCGGGGCCGGCCGCGCGCGUCGCGGCCGGCGCUCGCGGGGGGCGGCGCGAUGUGGAGCAUUGGGGCGAUGGCCGAAGGUUGCCAGGGGGACGGCGGCCUCGGCCUCGAUGACGGGGUGCCCGUUUUCGCUGCGGAGGCCGAGGCGACUGAGGAGGCUGCCGGGCGCCUGCCAGCCCAGCGCGUCAGCGCCGCCGAGCGCCGCAGCAGCUCCGCCGUCGACGACGACAUGUCGGAUGACGCCGAGGACGCCGCCCCGCUGGCGGGCCUGUUCAAGGCGAAACUGCCCGUGGCGCCGCGGUCGGUGCCGAUGCCGCCGGCCCGGGGCCGCGGAGCCCGCGGAGCCCGCCCAACCAGCGGCGACGCCGCCGAGGAGCCCGCAGCGGAGCCCGCGGAGCCCGCGCGGACGGAGCGGAUGCCGCCGCCGCCGCCCCGGGCGCCGAAGCGCAAGGGCGCGCCGGCGGCGGAGCCCAGCGGCGGCGCGCAGCCGCUGUCGGCCCAGGCGGCAGGCUGCAGGGCGCGCAUCGCGGAGCUGGAGGCGCUGAAGGAAGCGCAGCUGAGGCGUGAGGACUACAUGGGUGCGCACCAGACGAAACAGCUCAUCCUGCAGCAGCAGCAGGCACUUCAGGGGCUCCGCCGUCAGCUGGACUCCAUGGCGACGCCCGCCCGCAAGGGCCCGCGGGUCAGCGUCUCGUGCGGCCCGCGCAAGCGCGCCGUGGCGGCGGCCCCGCCGCCGCCCAGCAUCGACGAGGUCGCCGAGAGUACAGCAGCGAUGUGCCAGCCAGAGGAGCCGAAGGAGGGCGCCUCGGCGCGCGCAGCGGCGGAGCCGCCCGCGCCGUGCCUCCUGGAGAAGCCAGCGGCCGCAGAGGAGAUGCAGCAAGACGUUGCGGAUCCUGCCGGAGAGGGAGAGGAGGAGCCCCAGGACGCCGAGGAGGAGGCCGGCCAGUGGCGCCCCUCGAAGGCGCGGCCAGAGUUCGUCGAGCUGCCCUGCGAGGGAAGCGGGCUGGGCGCGGAGCCCUUCACCCUCCCGCAGCAGACGUUCGACCGGCUUUACCCUUACCAGCGCGCCGGGGUGGCGUGGAUGGCCCGGCUGUGGCAGAAGAGACAGGGCGGCGUCCUGGCGGACGAGAUGGGGCUGGGGAAGACGGUCCAGGUGUGCUCCAUGCUGAACGGCGCGCGGAGGGCGGGGGCGACCCACGCGCUGCUACUGCUGCCCAUCUCGCUGCUGGACCAGUGGGCCAAGGAGGCGCGGGUGUGGUGCCCUGGCUGGCCUGUGUACACCUACUACGGGUCGGCCGCGCAGCGGGCGCAGGCGCUGCGGCGCGUGAGCAAGCCGCAGGGCGGCCUGCUCCUGACCUCGUACGCGCUGAUCGGGAACGUAGACGACCUCUUCCGGGUUAUCGUGGACGAGGCGCCGUCGCCCGUCCAGAGGAGAGGCGGCAGGGGCCACGGCAGGGGCGGGCCGAGGCCCAGCAAGCGGCGGAAGAUGGACGACGACGAGGGGCUGGAGGACGCGAGCGGCGAGGAGGAGCCCCGCGAGCCCGAGCUCCCGGACGGCGGCGAGCUCCCCAGGAGCGGAUCUGUGCGGCCCUGGGACAUCGUCAUCUGCGACGAGGCGCACAGGAUGAAGAACAUCUCGACCCUUUUGGGCAAGAGUCUCCGCCAGCUGGAGUCCUCCUGUCGGAUCCUGCUCACUGGCACCCCGGUGCAGAACGCGCUCCAGGAUUUGUGGUCUCUCAUGGACUUCGCCCAGCCAGGCCUCCUGGGUAACCACGCAACGUUCGUGAAGACAUUCAGCGAGCCGAUCGAUCGGGGCAGCGUGCGCGGGGCCAACCCGUUCGCGGUGCAGCUCAAGAAGCACCUGAGCGAGCAGCUGAGAAACAUGAUCAGCCCUCACCUACUGCGGCGGACUAAGCUCGGCACCGGCCUCGUGGGAGAGGGCGACGAUGCUGGCGCGCCCGAUUGCGGCGCCGAGUCUGGUGUGGACGACGCCGAGGGGGGGGAGGACGUGAAGAAGUUGAUCCCCAAGAAGGAGACAGUUAUCUGGCUGGCACCCAGCGGGGAGCAGGUCCAGGCGUACAAGAAGAUCCUGGAGAAGAGCGACGUGAUCCGGGAGGCCUGCUCCAAGCAGAAGCUUGGAAUCGAGGUGUUCCGCGCGAUCGGCCUCCUCAAGCGGCUCUGCAACCACCCAAUGACCCUGGUGCCGACCCCGAAGCCGGGAGCCUGGGCGGCCAUCCUGUCCGACGCGAUCGCGUCGCAGGAGCCGCAGCAGGUGCAGAAGCCAGAGGGGCCGGAGACCGAGGGCCUCGACCUCACGCCCUGCGCCGGCGAGGCCGAGAGCCUGGCAGCGCCCGGCGUCUCUGGGGCCGCCGCGGAGAACGACGACGCGCGGGCGGGCCAGGCGACAGAGGUGAUGCUGAAGAGGCUGCCGCGGGACUCCCUCUCGAUGAUACAGCAGAGCGCCAAGCUGCGCUGCCUGAGCGAGUUGCUCCCCGCGCUAGCCGUCCGGGGACACCGCACGCUGAUCUUUUCGCAGAGCCUGAAGAUGCUGGACCUCAUCCAGGUGUGCUGCCUGAAGCCGCACGGCCUCCGGUGUCUGCGCAUGGACGGCCAGACCGACGCCGUUGCCCGUGCCGAGAAGGUGCAGAAGUUCAACAAGCAGCCCGACCGGUUCCAGUGCAUGCUCUUGACCACGAGCGUCGGCGGUGUCGGCCUGAACCUUACGAGCGCCGACCGCGUCGUGCUCGUGGACCCGUCCUGGAACCCGGCGACGGACGCCCAGGCCGUCGACCGCGCUUUCAGGAUCGGCCAGACCCGCGAGGUGCGGGUGUAUAGGCUGAUCAUGAGCGGGCUGAUCGAGGACAAGAUGUUCCGUCUGCAGGUUUUCAAGAUGGGCCUCACCAAGUCGGCCCUGGAGUCGGACCAGAGCAAGACCUACUUCAGCUCGCGCCAGAUCAAAGCCCUGUUCGAGUGGACGGACCCGGCGGAGGGCGAGACGCGGAAGAUGAUCCUCGAGAAGCACGGCGCGGAUUCGGAGCAGGCUGUCCAGCAGGCCGCCGAGGAGGACGGCGGCGGUGGGGAUGAGGGCUGGAUCGAGGCAGGCCCAGCCGUGGGCCUCAGCGACUUCACAGUGCUUCACGGUGCCGUGGCCACGGAGGAAGAGGAGUCGGACGAGUGCACAGCUCAGGUGAUGGAGGCGAAGGAGAAGUUGGGGGCUGCCGACGAGAAGCUGAUUCGCAUGACGGAUGCGAAGCAGGAGGCGGAGGACAACCGUGACAGGUUGGCCAAGGAGCUCGAGGACGCCAAGGUCAAUUCGGAGAAGCUCAAGGAGAGCAAAGUCAAUGCCCAGGAGAUGCUGAAGGAGAGGCGCGCCGAGCUGGCCAGGGCGCAGAGGGCGGAGGUGGCGACGCAGCACUCGCUCGAGAGGGCGAGCAGGGCGCGCACGGCCGCGCUGACGGAUCACCAGCGCGCCCAGCAGGUGCUCUUCAGCCACAGGGGCGCCGCGGACGAGGCCGACAGGGCCGCCAGCCUUUCCGCGGGCAGCGCGCAAGAGGCGGAGCAGUCCAUCGCUCAGGCGGCCGACCAGGUGGACGGACUCCUGGCCCUCUUCGACGGCAGCGGCGUGGCCACCGAGCAAGGGGUCGUGGAUGCCAACGUCGUGAAGAUGAGGAUGGUGCACAAACGCCUGGAGAAGGUUCGCGCCGCGUUGGAGGGUCUGGAGGCCAGGCAGGAGGAGCUCGCGGCGGCCGAAGAGGGCCUAGUGGUGUCCGAGCAGGCCUGCGCAGAGGCAGAGGCGGCCGUCAAGAGGUUCGGCGACGACGCCGAGGGCCAGAACGCCAUUGCGAAGAAGAGCGCCGAGAUCAAUCAGAGAAAUCGCGAAGCGGAGCGCCGGAAGGUGGAGCUGGACCAUGGUAGGCUUCAGCAGAGGGUGGAAGGCGCGAGGGAAACGCUGGCCCAGGCUGCGCAGUCUUUGCUGGAGGUGGCCCAGACGUUCGUGGACACGUUCGACAAGACCAAGACGCGCCCAGUCAGAGCAGACCAGGUGAAGACCGCGCAAUCCGCGGCGAAGGCGACCUGCCGACAGGUCGUGUCCGCAUGCUCGGCGGCGAAGAAGGCCCGGGAGGCCUGGGGGAAGGCGAUGGUGGCGCGGCGUAAGGCCUUCCAGAAGGUGGGUACUGCUGCAGUGGUCGAGGCCGGGGCGGACUUCUGCUACACGGAGGCAUCCCGUGAGUUCGACGAGGCCACCGCCGAGGAGGAGGCGCGCCGCCAGGAGCGCGAGUUCUGCGAUUCCCAGGCCGCCAGCGCCGAGCAGGCCUUGGCAGCGGUCGAGGCGGAAGUCGCCAGCAACAAGCAGAGGCUGGUUGAGCUCAAGGCGGCACAGCCUGUCGCCAAGGAGGCCGUCAACGCGGCCCGCCAGGCGCUGAAGACGGCCGCCUCCGAGAAGCAGACCCUGCACAGCGCCUGCUCGAAGGUGGAGAAGGCGCACAUGCAGAUGGAAGAGGCGGCGAGCUCGGCGGUGCAGAUGCUGAAGGGGGAGCAGUACGACGCCAAUCAGGUAGAGCAGGCUUACGAGCGCAAGAACGGUGGGGACUGAUACGCUCUGCGCAUCGCGCCUCCGUGUUGCAUCGAACGUGGGCUCGGGCUCCGUUUUCUGCACUCUGUGUCUCACGCGCACUUGCCAGCAAUGCGUACGUAUUAGGCCCUCUGCGCACAAUUAGGAAACACUCUGCCGCGGCACCUUCUGGUUGCCUGUGGCUGCCUUUUGCAUGUAAUCCUCGUUCCAAUUCACGCCGCGUGCAUGUGCUAUGAGGUGGAGCGGCAUGCAUGCUCCAUGGCGUCGUGAUGCAGCGUAUGAUGUGCAAUCCUGGUAUGUUUCUUCUUGCUUGCGUUAUUUGCAUGCCUCCUCUCGCUUUCUAUCCGUGGGUCCACAUCACAGCUUCCCCUGAGUCUCUUCACUACCGUCCGCGCUCCUCCGUAGUGUUUUGGUCUGCCGAUCGUGUAGGCUGCGCUCGCGGGAACGCCGCGCGGCUCGCGAGUGGAAAACAGAGGGGGGAGAUAGAGAGAUAGAGACGGGAGAUAGGUUUCGCCGCCCAUGCGCAACCUGACCGAUCGUAUUACCAACAAGCGCGUACAAGCUUAUGGCUAAGUUUUGUAU